GAAGCAAAUAUUAAAAAUACUACUGUGUUAUUUUUUCAUAAUUUUUAUAUUCAUUUGUUAUCAUUUUGCAAGGAGAUCUAAAUGGAUACAGAGGUAUUUGGCAAGAAACUUCCUAGAAAAUCAUAAUUUCCAAGUAUUGGAGCAUUGUUUCCUUCUCUAGCUUAUACCAUGCCUUUGCUUUGUAUUACAGUAAUCUUUCUUUCCUUACAUUCUUACAUUUUCCAAAAUUGGAAUAUUUCUUUUCCUUAUGACCAUGGUUAGAAAAAUAAAGCAGUUGAGGAUCAUAGAGGAUACUGUAUUUAGCAGGCAAUUAUCUUUUGCGAAGCGACGAAAUGGACUACUAACAAAGAAUUAGAGUUACACUUGGUGUGUGGUGUUGAUUCUGUAUUUAUAGCCUUCUCUCCUUCUGGUCGCUCAGCUAUCUUUGUGGUGACAAAAGGGCUGGUGAUGUUAUAAGUCGUUUUGUUGCAUUGCCAGAACAUUUCCGACAGUUUUGCAGCUUUUACUUGAUAUAGUCAACCAGCUUAGAGAACCAACAAAGGACCAUAUCAGAGUGAUCGUACCAUUUCGGUAAGUCCAAGGCCUGUCUGCAAAAUCAUUUUUCUCCUUACAUUAAAUAACUUUCUCAGGUGAAAAAGAGGAGAUUCGGUAUUUCUUACGUGAGAUCAAGAUUAGAUUACAUUUUCAACUGAUAAGUUGAUAAGAAUUCGAGCUCUUUCAAUUUAUAGUGUUAAUCUUCUUUCCAUUUACGUUUAUGACUACUAUAUAUGUGGUCAUGUUCUGUUUGGCAAAAGUAAUUAGGAUACAUGGAUUCCAUUGAUAAACCAAGCUAAAAGGAGUACUUAAAUUUAAUUUUUGGCUUACAGGAGAUACGAACCCUUGCAAGAAGCGAUAAUGACAAUCGAAGAAGCAAACCUUUCUGAAGAAAUUCUUGAGGAGACACUUGCCAGUGUCCAAAAAAGAAAGAAUGAACUAACAGCUAAUCAUAAUGAAGAUGCAUUAUCUCAACUAUCUGAUUCCAUGAAUGGAGCAGAAAAUCGAUCACCAAAAUCUUCAGAAGAAGUUCAGCAGGCCGAGCCUGAGCACCAACCAAAUGAAAAUUCUGACGAGAACCAACAACAGUCACCAACUGCAAAAGGCAUUCAAGUUACAUUGACAAAUCAGAGUAGCCCAUCGAUAAAUCUACUGUUAGAAGUGGCUAGUCCUCUUCCUCAGCAAGCUGGAGCGUCGUUUACCAGUCUUCUAACUGCUGAAAGUGCUGCUGAAACCUUGCAUCCUCUUAGGGAAACUGUCUUCUCGCAAUCGCCAGAGCAGAACAACAGCUCCUUAUCAUUGCAACAAAGUCAAUUCGAUUCUUCCCGAGAUGGUGUCCUUAACAGUUAUUCCUAUUCGAAUGGUAAUUUAACAGGAAUCAAUCAAUAUCCAGAAUACAAUGGUAUCAGCACAAAUGGUUAUAAUUACCCUGUUGCAAGCUUGAUUUCCCCAAAUUUACAGCUACAUUCUUUCCCUGCAAGCUUCCAAGUUCCUCAUCACCCAAUGCAGUUCCCUAUUCAGGCCCCUAACUACUAUCAAGUAUAUCAGCAAGUGCCACUAGGAAGCAGCGGUAACGUAUCGCUUUUUAGUACCCCACAGUGGUCUAAUCAGAGAACUCUGCAGCAAAAUCUAACUCCCUUUGUGCAGCAGAAUCCACAGUGGUGUAAUCAGAUAACGCUGCAGCAAAAUCCAAUCCCCUUCGGGCAAAAUUCAAUGCAAAGAGGCAACUUUCUGAACUUGCUAAGUUCAGUUUCUGGACAGAAUAACAUGUAUACAGAUUCAAGACCACCAAAUUUGCAAAUGAAUCACCAGUCAAUGGGAAAUCAAAACAAUAUGGAGCCUAGUCUUACUCUGAACUUACAUGGGUCAUUUGCAAACAAUUAUCUGCAAGCACAUAUUGAGGUGGAAAGACCAGCAUCUUCUUCUUCUUCUUGUCGUAAGAGGAAAUUACCAUGGGGAGAAGAUACAUCUCUGAGGCUGUCGAGUUACCAGAACGAGAUUACAGCAUCAAGCAGUGGCAGUGCAAUCCCUCCGGCUCCUUCUCCUCGUCUAAGGCAUCCAAGAUAUGGACUUUAUAAUCCUGCAUAUGAACAAAUGAGCUUGCCCAUUGAUCCCUAUAUCCGGAUUUUUCAAGAAUUACUAGAAAAUGAUAAUUGCCGACGACAGCAAGGAAAUCAGUAAGAAGAGGAGUGAUAGACUCAAAUGGAGUGAUGAUCGAUCCACUACUUGUAGUAUUUUGGUAAAAUUACGAGUUACGAGUAAUUUAGCCAAAAUACUCAUGAGAAGUGUCAUUUUAUUCAUUUCAAGACGACGAAUUGAUCAUGUUUUAUCAUUUUUAGCUAUUUUCUUUUAUGUUUUGUGUUAAGAACCUGCUUACUAUCGUCAUAUGUUGGAUGUCUUCUAUUAGUUGGUUCACUUCACUUGGACAAAGGAUGAAACCUUGCUUGACUUGUAAGUGGACAAGUUAUACUUCGAAUAAUUAGCUAAACUAUGCAAAACUGUAGUUAAUUAAAA